AUGGCGCUUCUUCUCUCGCACGAAUUGGGCCAACGAAUGUUUAAAUCUGUGGAGCUACAACUCGAACUUAGAGCACUCGAAGAUCGGUCUAGAGAGGAGAUCCCAGCGAUUGAUCACAAAACAUUUCACCUCCAACAGAUAGUCGAUUCCACAAAGUCGGGUCUAGCAAGUGUCGAACGCAUCCAACAUGGCUUAAUGAAGCAGCAAGACCCUAAACAUGUCGUAAUGCAAUCAAAGGCACGAGAGGAACUACUCAAGGAUGAGGAGGAGCUGUCGCUGCUCCAAAAGGAAAAGGCAGAGCUAGAGCGCAAGGUUCACGACGCGAACGAGGCAUGGUACAAUAUCGCGUGGAAUGUGUGUGUUCACCACCAUAUUGCUUUCAUCAAAGCAGGAUUCAAAGGAGAAGAUGGGGACAGCGAAGAUGGAGAAACAUCGAGCGCUGAGUCUGAACCAGGUGAAGAAGCCAGUGGCGCAAAAGAGUCGGAAAGGAAAUCUAGUCCCACGGCAGCGAAAGAUGCACAGCAGCCGGUGGCUGGAAACGAGCUGGCUAUGGUGCUGUACACCGGUAACAAAGCAAAGCAGGAUACCACAACCCGGAAUGCGGGCGUACCUCAAAGCAAGCCCCCUGAUCUCACCAUGACUCGGUUCACAGCAGAAGAUGAGAUAAGACUCAAACUCCUCGCAGCAAAGAAGGCUUUCAGCGAAGCUGACUACGCACACGACAAGCACCGAAAAUGCUACGAACUUACAUUCCUUAGAUAUUGUGCACAGUACCCGACCAAACCCGAGGGUGAACUUGCCGCUCAAUUUCCCCGCUUCUUCAUCAAAAAGGGACAAGAACUCAUAAACGCGUUACGCGUUGCGGAGAAAGCGUAUCAUGAGGCAGAGAAACGCGCCAUGGAUGUGAACGUUUUCACCAUUCCGGACGAACUUAUCGAAGCAAAUGUUAACCCAUACCUGGAUCUCGAUGAUCUGGAGGCGAUGAUGAAGCCAUGGAAUGAUAGGGACCGGGCACGCAUUUACGAUUGGCGUCAUGUUGAGGCGGGUGUUCUGACUCCGCCGUCUAUUCAUACGAUUGAUACGUUCUAUGAUGCGAGUUCCAGUGACGAUGAAAGCAGCAACGAGAGCGUUCAAUACCGGCGCAAGAUGAACCCGGGCCUCGUUCCGAGGAGGAUGAUAUCCCAGAGGGAGUAG